AUGGCGACUGCAAUGUCCCGUCCCCUUGAAUACUUGGAGGGAUUACCGGGGACAACUUUCUACAAGCUCUACCAGCAACCGUCCACCGCCCUUGCCAUCUUCCGGCGCAUGCUACCUGAUCUGGCAAAAUGUUUUGUGAUGGCACUGUUAUACUUGAAAGACCCUCUUCCCACAGCUGAUCUCGAAUUGUGGGUCAACUCCGACAGCAAGAAACUUCAUAUUUUGCAGACGACGAUUACCGGAGAGAACGUCCGCGCCUACCGAGUGACCGAUCCUUUCGCAUCUUCGCUCAGACAGGCGCUCAUGGGCGCCGAAGACUCGCAGUCGUUCGGUGUCUUUUCCCAGGUUCCGGACGAAAAUCCGGUUUCUAUCGCCGAUCUGGAUGAAUAUGCGCGACGGCAGUGGGAAGGCGUCUUGGGAUACAUGGUGGGCACCAGCGCCCUGGGUGGACCGCGCGAUGUGAACUUGAGCAAGGGUGUGAAGCAACUUCUGCAGGCGGGUCAUCUGGUUGAGAUCCGAGAUCGCCGAGUUGAUAUCACUAAGGACGGAUUUGGAUUCGUGCUCCAAGAUGUCAGUACCCAGGUCUGGCACAUCUUGAUACUCUACGUGGAGAGUGCCGAGGCCAUCGGCAUGGACAGCGUCGAGGUCCUCUCGUUCUUAUUCCUCUUGAGUAGUCUGGAGCUAGGCCAGUCCUACGAGAAGAAGCACUUGAGUUCCGGCCAACUCCGCACCCUCACAGACCUCGCCGACUUUGGCAUUGUCUAUCAGGAGACCCCGGAAGCCACGCGCUUUUAUCCCACACGUCUUGCAACCACCCUGACAUCAGACUCGAGUGCCCUCAGCAAUCCCGUCACGGGGUCAUUGACAGGACCCACGGGCACCUCCGGUGGCUCAGGUUCCGGGUUCAUCAUCAUCGAAACUAACUAUCGUCUCUAUGCCUACACUUCGUCCCCUCUGCAGAUCUCCCUCAUCUCCCUCUUCACCAACCUCAAAUACCGUUUCCCGAAUCUAGUCACCGGGAAAAUCACAAGACAGUCGGUGCGUCGAGCCAUCGAGUUGGGCAUCACCGCCGACCAGAUCAUCUCGUACCUGUUGUCCCAUGCGCACCCGCAGUUGCGCAAGCACAAUGCCGCCCAUGCCACCUCGAACACGGCAGGCAUCCCCCCAUCGAUACUACCGCCCACCGUGACCGACCAGAUUCGGCUGUGGCAACUGGAACGGGACCGUCUCCGGGCCACUGCCGGGUUCUUGUUCAAGGACUUUACCACCAUGGCUGAGUAUCAGGCGCCAUGCCAAUACGCCGCGGAAAUCGGCGUUUUGGUAUGGAAGUCGGACCGGAAACGCAUGUUCUUUGUGACUCGACAUGAGCAGGUCGCCGCGUUCCUGAGAAGCCGGAAAUAG